CAUCAUCCUCUUCCUUCCCCUUCAAAUCGAAACCCGUCAGACCACCUUCACCUUCGCAUCAUCUUCUCCAACCAGUUAACUCCCCCGAAUCGAUCUUCCCCUGUUAUGCUGCUCGCCAUCGUCUCCCACUACCGGCCACCAUCGAUCCGCCCCUAUGCCAUCGCACCCAGAUCUUCAUCGCUGUUGCAGUAUCAUCAUCGUGGAGCACCCAGGGGACGGGGACGAAUCAGGUCCAGCACCACGUGGCGGUGUUGUUCUUCGACGGGCCCGACGAUCGGGAGGCGCUGUCGUACGCUUGGAGGAUGUUGGAGCACCCAGGGAUUUUGUCACCGUCGUGAGGUUCAUCCCAGAGGAGAACGCCACCGCCGCCGGAGCAGUAGCACCAGCAGGAGGCGGUCGUCGCAGCCUUCGCGGAUCUGAAAGUCGAGAUCUGAGUGUGGAUCUGGCGGUGGAGGGAGCGGCGGGGCUGGAUUAUCGAGGUAGGAACAAGCUAGACGAGGAGAUAAUUAGGGAUUUCAAAAUGGCGAAUUCGAACGGCGAUUCGGUGUCGUAUUCGGAGAUCGUGGCGAGUAAUGGCGAGGAGACGGUGGCGGCGAUUCGGUCGAUGGAUAGAGCCAUAGAGGGCACAAUCUGUUUAUUGUGGGGAGGGGGACAAGGGAUGACUUCGCCGUUGAUAGCGGGGUUGACGGACUGGAGCGAGUGCCCUGAAUUGAGGGCGAUUGGGGAUUUGUUGGCGUCGUCGAAUUUCGCGGCGAGGACGUCGGUGCUUGUUGUGCAGCAGUAUUGUAACCUGGAGUCGAGUUCGCCUUCUCUGUCUCUGGGUUUGGGGUUGGAAUCAGUGGUGGAAGGAGAGGGAGAGGAAAGAGUUCUUCGACGGCGAGUGGUGGGAGAGGAGAGGGGAUAAAAAAAAAUUAUCAUUUUUAUUUAUUUUUAAAUUAAAAAAUGACAUGGCAAGUAUUGUUGAGUUGUCAAUGAUGUGUCCGGUGAGUUGGCAGCCAGGUAAGCGUUUGGUUAAUUUGACUAACGGUGUUAUUGACGCCGUCAAACUAUGUAACGGAAAUGGCUAUAUUUGUCAUCGAACUUUCAAAAUUCUGGCUAUUUCUGGUAUUUCUCCAAAAGUGGCUAUAUUUGUCACAAACGUCAAAGUUUUGGCUAUCGAAGUGAAUUUGGCCGCUGGAAAACGAAUAUAUAUUUGUUAAUUUUGCAUGGAGGUAGCUGUCGACGGCGACGCUGAAGGUUGGAAUUAUUGCAGGAGCUGCUUCCAGGCACGCAAUCAAUGAUAUGUUUAUAUGUAGUAUUAUUGAUCAAUAAGUGUAGUAAUGGCACUAUAAAGUCACUGCAGCGUUGACAAGAUGACAAGAUGUGGUACAGUAAAGUAUCCGUAAGUUG